CAUCACUCCCACCCCUCUACAAGUGCCAAAAUCUCAUAAACCCUCGCCUCUCCCCUUCUUCUCAAUCCCAAAGCUCCUCCAAUGGCGACCUCCACAAACCCUAACGGCCACCCCAACCUCACCCCAGGAAGAAAACCCCUCGGUUUAAUGGCGAACGCGAUGAAGAGGAAGGAGAGCUUCUUCCAGUUCUUCUUCAUGACUGGAAUCCUCAUGCUCAGCCUUCGAUCUCUCGGCCAGAAGUACCGAAUCCACGAUCUGACCAACGAUAACUACGAGCUCAGGCAGGAGGAGGAGUCUCUCUCGAUGCGCAUGGCGUCCAUCAAGGACGCGCUCCUUCGCGAGGCGGCGCUUGAUUCUUCUGGGCUGCUUGCAUCGCAGCUCCGCAGGCUAUUCCAGGAGAAGAAUUAAGCUGUCUGCAGGUUCAUUGUUGCUCAAUCAUUUGAGCUGCGAUUUGGUGGUUUUGACCUGUUCGCUUGAUUAUGUAAUACUGGAGUAUGAUGUACCUUGUAUUUCUUCAUCCAGAUUUCAGCAAGUUGAGUGUGCAGAUAUAAUGUUGAGAUAGAAUUCUAUCUUUACUCUCAUCUUUUGAAUGGCCUGGUAGAAUUUGAUC